AUGGCCAGCAACUCCUGCUCCGGCACCUUCUCCUGCAGCUCCUUUGGGGGCUAUCGGCGCUGUCCCAGCUCUACCUACCCCAGCAACCUGGUCUACAGCACCGACGUCUGCUCUCCCAGCCCCUGCCAGUGGGGAUCCUUCUACUCCAGGAGCUACAGGGACAUCUGCUAUGAGCCCGCCAGGUGUCAGUCAUCCAUCGUGCUGUCCCGUCCCUGUCAGACAUCCUGCUUCCAACCAAAGUCCUCCAUCCUCUGCAGCCCCCACGACACUUGCACUGGAUCUCUGGGUUGUGGCUCCAGCAGCAGCCGCUCCCUGGGCUUUGGGUCGAGAAGUUCCUACUCAGUGGGAUGCGGAUCUCGGGGCCUCGGAUCCUGUGGCUUCCCCUCCCUGAGCUCUGGAACCAGAUUCUGCAGCCCUGUCUACUUUCCUUCCGGAGGUUUCUAUUCAUCUUACUAUCAGCCCCUCUGCACCUUUGGCUUUUACUGAUUACUUUUGUAGAAAGGCC